AUGGGGAGGGGCAGGGUGGAGCUGAAGCGGAUCGAGAACAAGAUCAACCGCCAGGUGACCUUCUCCAAGCGCCGCAACGGCCUCCUCAAGAAGGCCUACGAGCUCUCCGUGCUCUGCGACGCCGAGGUGGCGCUCAUCGUCUUCUCCAGCCGCGGCAAACUCUACGAGUUCGGCAGCGCAGGAGUAAACAAGACUUUGGAAAAGUAUCAUAAUUGUUGUUACAAUGCUCAAGGUUCCAACAAUGAUUUUGGUGGUGAACCUCAGAGUUGGUACCAAGAAAUGUCAAGACUCAAGGCUAAGCUUGAAUCCCUCCAACGUUCUCAAAGGCACAUGCUUGGUGAGGACCUUGGGCCACUGAGCAUAAAGGAGCUGCAGCAACUGGAAAAACAACUUGAAUAUGCACUGUCACAGGCUCGACAGCGGAAGACUCAAAUGAUGAUGGAACAGGUGGAUGAGCUUCGCAGAAAGGAGCGCCAACUUGGCGAGCUUAACAAGCAACUGAAAAACAAGCUUGAAGCGGAAGGUUGCAGCAACUACAGGGCCGUCGUCCAAACCUCCUGGGCACCUGACGCUGCCGUGGGUUCCGAUGGCGGUGCACUCCCCGCCCCCAAUGCUCAACCACCAGUAGCUGCUAUGGACUGUGAGCCCACUCUGCAAAUCGGGUAUCACCAGUUCGUUGCCCCUGAUCAGGCAGCAGCCAUGCCAAGAAGCAGCACUACUGAAGGAGGGGAGCAGAACGGCCACUUCAUGCUCGGCUGGGCCCUUUGAGCUGCUCUCGAUCUACGGAAGCAAAUAAUUAUUAUGACGUACGUAUGAACGCGUAUGGCAAGCGAUCGAUGAGACGUAUCACUACUAUUAUUUGUUGCAUGCCGGCUUUAGCUGAUGGUAUGUAGGCCCUAGCUGUAAGCAUGCAGGCACUGUACUCUCUACCAAUUAUAUGAUGGCUCCCUGCAAUAGUUUCAGAAAACAGUGCUAGGUAGCCUUCUGCUUGUCCUUGAUUCUUGGAUUAGAAUCAACACUACUUGAGUCGAAGGCCAGUUAAAGGGAUAGUACUCCCUCUGUUCAUAGUGUGCCUUCAUCGCAGCCGGCCAAC